AUGGCGGCCACUGCUAAGUUUGAAAUGAGCAUGUUUGAUGGAAGGGGGGAUUUUAGUAUGUGGAGUCAGAAAAUGAAAGCUAUUUUGAUGCAACAAAGGUGUGCUAGAGCCCUAGAUAAUUCUUGGCCUGCUGAGUUACCUCCUGACAAUGUGAUCAGAACCAUAGGAGAAACUAAAACAGCUUCUGAAUUGUGGAACAAAUUGAAAGCACAAUAUGAACCAAAAACUGUUCCAAACAAAUGUUUUUUGCUAAAACAAUUCUUUUCUUUCAAAAUGGAUCCAUCUGUUGACUUAGAAGAGAACUUGAAUAGGUUUACAAAGUUGACCCAGGAUCUAGCCAACUGUGAUGAAAAAUUAUCACAAGAUCAGUUGGCUGUGGUCUUGUUGAACUCCAUUAGUGAUAGGCAUAGAGAUCUAAAGAAUGCCUUGGAAUAUGGUAGAUAA